AUGGCGACUGCGAUGGCAUCGUCACAGUCGCCGCCUCAAUUCGAUGCGUCCGCUCCUUCAUCGAUCUCAUCGCGGGCCUCUCUGCCGCCCUCUACCAUUAAGCGGACGAGCCUACAAAGACCUUCGUCGUACCCAAAAAACCGACUAUCCGUCCACUCCAACAAGUCAAACUCGCAAAAUCGUUCACGUCCAACCUCUGCCACUUCUAAUACCUUUUCUGUUUAUCAGUCAAGCCUGCCUUACGCUUUGGUUCGGGAUUUUGCCUAUCCUCCCAGUCACCCUCUUCAUUAUGGCGCACCUCCCAAAGAUUCGGGCAUUUCGACACCAGUCCACGAAUCUCGGAGGAUUUCAGAUGCGCCCCUUUCUUCACUGGACGCCACCCGCGCUCACUGGCCCGCCCCAAACUGGGACCCAGGUACGAUGUACAGCCAGCAACAACUACCUCCGAUAGCGUAUGGCGAUGGACCUCCAUAUAGUGAAGACGAAGAUUUACAUAGCCCCGUUGUUACCACCUCACGGCAUCGAAAGUAUAAGUCCGGCCACUCUAGUGAGAGUAGACCUGGCUCACGCAGACGCAAAGGGUCGGGUUUUGGUGACCCCGACAAUAAUGGUGACGCUGAGAAGGGUGUCUUGAUUGGUGUUAACGGAGAUGGAAGCGAGACAUAUUAUAUUAGAGACGAAGACGCGGAUGAUGAUGGACCAGGAGGAGAGUACGUGACCUACCCAGCAGGGGAUGGCAGACGCUCAUACCACCCGGGUUUUGGUGACCAAGGCGGGGCUGGAGGUGCCGGUCUAGGUAACUCCGCUCAUAACCACGGGGCUUACGAUAGAGAUUUCGAACUAGCCUCUGACGACGAUAUAUCAGACGACGAUGCGUGGAACGACCCUUCUAGAUACUCGCGAGACUAUCAAUUUACAAUCGUUUCUCCAGAUGAGGAGAUGCAUGGUAAAGCCGUUGCUCUCUUCGAUUUCACUCGCGAGCACGAAAACGAGCUUCCUUUGAAAGAAGGCCAGGUAAUUCUGGUUUCUUAUCGCCAUGGCCAGGGAUGGCUCGUUGCUGAAGACCCAAGGACUGGAGAAAGUGGACUGGUUCCUGAGGAAUUUGUACGUCUUGUCAGGGAUAUCGAAGGCGGAUUGAAUUCUCUCAAUGGCGAUUUGAAUAUGAUCGACCCUAAUACUGCCGGAAGUGAAUCCGAACAAACACCGGUCGCCACCACUCUGCCGGCCUCGCAAUUGAACGAUGCUCAUAUUAGUGAUACUGCCGAUACGGAUGCACAAGCCCACGUACCGGUUGAAAUCGAUGCGACUGAUAGUGGAACACAAGAAGUGGACACACCAACUACACAAAGCAAAGAAACUGAAAGGGACAAAGGAAGGGAAAAGCAUCCUCCAGUCGUGUCGACCUUUUCAACGAGCAGCAAAGACCUAAACCCCUACCCCUCACACCUACUUAGUGGUCAUCAGCAUAGCAGGUCCAUGCCUCCCGCAAUUGAACAUUCAGAAGCUCAGUUGGCCCGUUCCAACUCUGGUGCAGCAAAACGAACCAAGAGUGUGUCUAAACGAGUCUCUGAGUCGGCUUAAGGACCUCGUUUCAAGGAUUCUUGUGUUCUUGUCAUGAUUUUUUCUUUUCUUGUUUACCCUGGACGAAUAAACGAGAUACCUGGUGUGCAUUAUGAGAACGAGUGCCAAACAAUUUCAUCUUUUACCUUCAUACUCCCUCCAUAUGCCUUCAAAUCAUGGAAUGUGUUCUAGUCAACGUGAUUCCACACCUGAUCCUCACUUAAUAUGCCCUUCAAUUCUUCGUGAAAAACACGAAUACGCUGUCUGAGACGGUUCUAAUGUGGUUGAUGUAUGUGGGCACUUUUAUCAUCUCUUUCUUCAGCUCCGGCUCCUAUGUUUGAUUGAUUCCAUUUCCUAGCCCACAUCAUUAUCCCGUUUAGGUUUUCUUGUCUUCAUCAUCUGCCUUUUUCUUCUUUCAUUUUCUUUUCCU